AUGACGGGGCAAGCAGUUUCCAAGGCACAGACCUCCAGUCUGGGAGCAUUGUGGGUGGCGGUGGUGAAAAUCCUUGCUCGCCUAAGGUAUUUGGGUCUCCUGGGCUAUGCGUUGGAAUGGUUGCUGGAGGCCAGCCAUGCCAGCAGCAGAAUGCACAAGAUCUUGCACAGCAUCAACACACCCAAGGUCCAUUUACUGGCGAUCAGCAUGGUGCUUGCAGGCCAUAUAGCGGAGCAUCUUCAUCAAGAGGAGGAGAAUCAUCACCAGGAGGCGCAUUUGCACGAACUACGAAUGGAAGUUCAAAAGCUGGGAACUCAGCGAACGCGAAUGAGAAAAAAGGACACCGCCACACCGUGCUUUUUGGACUCUCCAGGCGAGAUGGGCCGUAUCGGAGUGCUAUUUGAGCUGCGACAUGCAGAUACGCAGCUUCGCACAGGUGCUUCAUUGUAUCCCUGCUGGGCGAUGUUGGGCACUGGGCCGGGGACCAGCGAUUCUUCUGCCUCACUUUGCCGUUCCCAGGAUUUAGACACUCCUGGCCACUCCAUCGCAAGCCCACGAAUUGCAGGGGAACUCGGCAAAACGAGUGGAGAAGCGGAUACCAAUCCUCAGCAGUUGAUCCACAUCGAGUACAAGUUCGUGAAGGAUCGUCGGCAGUUGAAAGACUGCGGACCUUCGAUUCAAUGGGAGGACAGCAUCGCCAAUCGCUUGGUGACUCUGCCUUUUGAGCCUGGGAGCAUUUGGAUCAUCUCUGAUUCAAAGUUCAACGAUGCCCGGCGGAAUUUGCUUGGUGCAGGUUCCAAGAGCCCGAGCGAUUGCUGGCUUUUCAACAAUCAGGGAACCAAGGGUCGUGACAAGUUGGACAUGGAGUUCAGAGCAUCCUUGCAGGACUUGAACGACGCCCAUUCCCCCGAAUGGAGCGGCCGGGAGCCAGAAGAUGACGGGCCGGGUGCUUGGUGCUUGCGGGAAAUGCCGGCUUUGAAGCUCCCAGAAAGGUUUUUGACCAACCAGGACUCCCUCCUGGUCUCAUCAAAGGAUGGGGGCCACUUCCGGACCCCCAACCGAGGACCCUCUGAGAUCCAUGCGUCAUCGACCGAGUCAAUGGCGCCCCUGGGUGUUGGCUCCACGAGCAAACAACACCAGAAUGUUCCGUGGCAUCUGUCCGGCAGCAAAGUGGAUUUCGGCAUUGGCAUCUCAAGCUGGACAAAGAGGGCAGCAGCCAACUUUGGCGCAAAAGUUGCCGCGGCAGAAGCUGUGCUCUUUGGAGCCAGAGAGUGCUGGAUUGGAGCUGGCGAGAGCCUUCCAGAGCCACCCGAGGUCCAGCCCUGGGUCUCCGAACGUUUGGAGCUGCGAGACACUGACAGAGGGCGAGGGUUGUUCCUUUCGGCCUCAGCCAAAGAAGGGGAGAUCCUUUUCGUGUGCGAGCCCUUCGUGAUUGGGUCAGCAUCUGGUUUGCAGGAAGCAACCGUCAAGAAGCUGCGAUCCGUUCCAGAGGAGGAUUUCAACCGCUUCAUGUCUUUGCAAGGGUCUGAUGGCACGAGAUUCGUCACAGAAACCGAAAUGAAGUUGCAGAGUUGGACGCGUGGUCCAAGGACAGUGCAACAUCAGAGGUCCGUGGACGCCAAGAAAGUGGCGAAGGUCUUGCAAUUCAAUAGCCUGGCAAGGGAUUCUCUGAAUGGGCAAGGUUUUGCAGAAGAAGCAGCUUUGUGUGGGGUGUGGCCUCUAUGCAGUUUGAUCAACCAUUCUUGCCUCCCGAACGUGCAGGAGCACUUUCUCGGUGAUUUCUUGAUCCUGAGGGCAGCACGGCCCAUCGCAGCCGGAGAGGAGUUGUUGAUGUCGUAUGUUUCCCCCUUCCAGCCGCGACAUGUGCGACGCCAGCGCCUGUCUGGCACAUUUCAGUUCUCUUGUGCCUGGGCGACAGAUUUCGGCGAUGUUGGGAUUAGUGGAACAAAUGGACCCAUCCAAGUCUUAGGCAUGUUUCCUCCAGGUUUGUUGUUUUCUGUUGUGAACGACCUGACUUUGUCAAACAUAGACUUCUGA